AUGGAUUUCAGAAGAAUUCAAUCCAUGAGGUCCUGGAUGGAGGGGAGUGAUUGCUGUAACUGGGAUGGAGUCACCUGUGAUUCAGUCACCGGUCACGUCAUUGGCCUCGACCUUAGUUGCAUCCAGCUUUCUCUUAAGGGUACCGUCUUCCCCAAUCCUAAUAGUAGCAGCAACAGCACCUCCCUCUUCUCCCUUCACCAUCUCCACAACCUCAAUCUCUCCCACAAUGACUUCAAUGGAUCACUCAUCUCACCUGAAUUUGGGCGGACAUUAACUAGUUUAACCCAUCUCAACCUCUCCCACUUUGCAUUUGCAGGCCCCAUCCCCACCGAACUAUCCCACCUUUCCAAAUUGAUUUCCCUUGAUCUCUCUUCCAAUGCUUUAUUGAGAUAUGAACCUCAAAGCUUCAAAAGGCUCCUUCACAAUUUGACUGAAAUCAGAGAGCUAUUUCUUGGCCGCGUCACAAUAUCUAGAGUUACCCCUGCUAAUUCUUUCGUGAAUCUAUCUUCUUCUCUCACAUCUCUCAGUCUUUCUGAUUGUGAAUUGCAAGGAGAACUCCCAAUUAGCCAUAAUAUUCUCAGCCUACCAAACCUAAUAAAGCUCGAUCUUUCCUCAAACCCAUCCCUGACCGUUCAUCUUCUAGAUGUUGUUUACAACACCAGUUCCCUCAUUUGGUUGGAUCUAUCUUAUACUGGAUUUUUCGGAGAAGUAGGCAAUCUCAAGUCCUUGAGGUAUCUAUAUCUUUCCAACUGCAACUUCUCUUCUACAAUUCCUGUGUCCCUUGGUUCUAGCCUCAACCAACUCCAAGUACUUCACUUCUCUCAUAACUCCCUCCAUGGCACAAUACCAUCUUGGUUGUUUGCUCUGUCAUCCUUGCAAUGUCAUAAUCAACUAACUGGUCCCAUUCCCGAGUUUCAAUCUUUUUCAUUGGAGAAUAUAGAUUUAUCAUACAACAAGCUCUAUGGUCCCAUCCCAAAGUCAAUCCUCAAGCUCCUUAACCUCAAUAAUCUUGAUCUUUCAAACAACAAUUUGACAUUGACUCAAAUAGAUGACAUCGGCCUUUCCUUCCCUAAUUUGACUAAACUAUAUUUGUCCUCUUGCAACAUAAGUGAAUUUCCAAAUCUAAGAGGCUCAAAGAACCUAGAAUUGUUGGACUUGUCUGCCAACAAAAUCGCUGGAGAGAUCCCCAAAUGGACAUUCAAUAUGUGGAAUAAUUCCUUGAUAUUUUUAAAUCUUUCUCACAACUUUUUGACACAUGUGGAUGAACAUCUUCCUUGGAAGAAUCUACAAUAUCUUAAUAUUCAAAACAACAUGAUUCGAGGAUCACUCCCAAUUCCACCAUCCUCCACGAAUUUCUAUUUAAUCUCAAAUAAUCAUCUGACAGGAGAGAUUCCUUCUUUGAUUUGUAAUGCGAGUUUCGUUCAAGUCCUCAAUUUAUCCAACAACAGCUUAGGUGGCAUGAUUCCACCAUGUUUGGGAAACUUUAGUGAUAACCUUUCAAUUUUAGAUUUUCGUAUGAAUCAAUUUAAUGGUACCAUUCCCGACACUUUUGCAAACGGCAGCACCUUAGGAAUUCUUGGCCUGAAUAGCAAUCAACUAGAAGGAAAAGUGCCGCGAUCUUUGGUCAAUUGUAUGGAGUUGGAAGUUCUAGACCUUGGAAACAAUAGAAUAGUUGACAUGUUCCCCUAUUGGUUGGGAAGCCUCCCAAAGUUGCAUGUCCUCAUCUUGCGGUCCAACAAAUUUCAUGGCCCCAUAGGGUCCAUAGGGAGCAAUUCAAACACUCAAUUUUCCUUAUUCGAGUUGCGUGUCAUUGACUUGUCUUUAAAUAAUUUUACUGGUCAUUUGCCAUUAAAGCAUUUUGAAAGUUGGAAAGGCAUGAUGAAUGUGGAUGAAUCUAAAUACAAAUUGCAAUAUAUAAGUACAGCUGAUUAUUAUCAAGGUUCCAUGACGGUAACGAUGAAAGGUUCUGAUUUUCACAUGGAGAAAAUUUUGACAAUCUUCACAAUGAUUGAUAUGUCAAAUAAUAGUUUCAAUGGGAAGAUUCCAAAGUCAAUUGGAAAGCUUAAAUCACUUCGAGGACUCAACUUUUCACACAAUAGCCUUACGGGUGAUAUUCCAACGUCACUAGGAAAUUUGACAACACUUGAAUGGUUGGAUUUAUCUUCAAACAACCUUGGCGGUGAGAUUCCUAAGCAAUUGGAAGCAGCAUUGAUUGGAUAUGGUUUUGGAAUUGUGUUUGGAUUGGUUGCUGGGUUUUUUAUGUUUUUAACUAGAAAACCUAAUUGGUUCGUUCACAUCAUUGAGGGGGUUGAAAAGAAGAAGGUGAAUAGAUUGAGGAGAAGUGGUUGCAAGUAA